AUGCUGAAGCUGGUCGAGAGAUUCUCGCCUGAGCCCAACUAUGAGGAGCUUUACGAGCAGCAUGUGCAGAACAUCAAUGAUACGACCGUCUUCUUCGAGAUGCUCGACGAGACGCUGGACAAACUCGACGGGCUGGCCAAGUUGCCCGAGCUGGCCAGGAACGCUCUUGAAGAAAUUAAGUACGGAUCAGCCGGCUUCGUGAUGGCCCACGAGUUCGUGCACUCGAUGCCCUUCUUCAAGUCGCCGAGCAGCAACAUUCGGCAGGAGCAGCAACCCGUCCUCUCGCGCCCCUCCGAAAUUUGCAUCCGCGAACGCGCCCGUCGAGCCUGCCAGCUGUGGAGGGAAAAGGCCUGCCACAGCGGUCAGCACACGUUCAAAGAAGAUCGCUCCGACGUCACGGGAAUUCACAUAGCUUGGGAGGCUUUUCUGGCCGAGGUGCGCGGCUGGGGUGCGAAGGAAGCUGCGAUGAAGACGGUCAUCUACCCAGAGCUGAACGUGACCCGGGAGCAGCUCUUCUUCUACGCGCGAGCCAUCCGCCUGUGCGUCCCCUACGACGAGUCGCAGCACACGUAUAAGAACCGCGGCUGGGACGUGCACUCGGCACCUCGCAUCCGCAUCAACAUGGUACACGGCAACAUGGAGGAGUUUGCGGAGGCGUUCAACUGCAAGCCCGGCGAUCUGAUGGUGCAACGGCCGACCUGCCCCUACUUC